UUAUUCUGCUGUGUGUGAACUCUGAAGUAGCUAUUUCGUUUGGGAAUUGAUCUAAAACGAAUUGAGCUGAUUACAUUGUACACAAGUUCAGAAGGUGGAGCUGAGAAAAAACGAGUGGAAGUACUUUGUGCACUACGUUGGCUGGAAUAAAGUUAAUCAUUACUAUCGCUUGGAUAUCUUUCCAGCAGAUGGGACGAAUGGGUAGGUGUGGAUCAGCUGUUGAAACAUAAUGAAAAGAAUUUAAUGAAGCAACAAGCUCUUAACAAGAAACGGGACAUAAUUACAAUUUCUGGAUGUUCGACUCAAAUGAAGCCAAACAGUUCUGCUGUGGCAGAAGGGAAGAAGCGAAAGAAUGACUGCAGUGAGGAUGCUGUUGUGUUGGGAAAACUUGGCAAGAUUCAAAUUCCUCCGAAAUUAAAGAAGCAAUUCAUUGAUGAUCGGGAAUUUUCUUCUCAGCUGGAUAAGGACUUUGUAGGAAUGGAUAGUAGUCAACUCAAUGAGACAAAUAAAAAAGGGAAUAGACGGAUAUGGACCAAAGAGGAGGAGUCUGCAUUAUUAGGCAUCCUAGAGGACCUAGUCACAAAGGGUUAUCGUCAUGAGAAUGGUACUUUCAAAAGUGGUACGUUGAGUCAAGUAGAAAAUGCCUUGCAUAAGUUGUUUCCAGAUUGUGGCCUGAAAGCUAAACCACACAUUGAGUCAAAAAUGAAAAUAUUGAAGAGGCAGUUCCAUAUAGUUUAUGAAAUGGUGAACAAAGCUGGGUUCAAAUGGAACAAUGAAAAGAAAUGUGUGAUGGUUGAUACUGAAAAGACAUGGAAAGCUUAUCUUAAGCAUCACAAGGAAGCAGAUGGGUGGAGGGGUAAAUUGUUUCCACUUUAUGAUAGGCUUGGUUAUAUAUUCAAAGCAGACUGUAAACCCGGAGAAAGGUGUCAAACUUCACCUGAUACAGAGGAGUUGAACUGUUUCGAUGUUGAUACAACUGACUAUGAGAUAGAGAAAAACAUUUCUCCAAAGUCAGUUGACCAAGUCACAACUAAGCAAACAGAUCUAUCUCAUUCCUCACCAAGUAAGAGGAGGAGAGAUGCUAGCACAAGAGGUAGCAGUCAUAUCAAUGAAACAGAUGCAAAGAGUAGCAGAGAUUUCUGGACCAAGGAGGAGGAGGAUGCAGUUUUAAGAAUUCUAGAGGAUCUAGUUGCAAAGGGUCUGCUUUAUGAUAAUGGUACUUUCAGGGCUAAUACAUUUUCUCGAAUAGAAAAUGCCUUGCGUCGUUUAUGUCCUGCCUCAGGGCUGGAAGCUAGACAUAUUGAAUCAAAAGUUAAGGAGUGGAAAAGGGAAUGCAGCAUAGUAUGUGACAUGCUGAGCAGAACUGGGUUCGGCUGGAAUGAUGUGAUGAAAUGUGUAGAGGUUGACAGUGGAGAAACAUGGAAAGCCUAUGUUCAGAAUCAAAGGGAGGCAGAUAAGUGGAGGGGAAAAGUCGGAAAACAUUUUCCAAAUUUUGACAGACUUGCUCAGAUAUUUGAUGUGGACUGUGAAACUGUAAAAACAAGCUCAAGACCAGCUGAAAUACUUGAGGAGAUCAACUGUUUUGAGAUUAAUUCUACUGACAUUGGGAUAGAAGAAGACACUUGUCCAAGGUCAGCUGAACAAUUAAUUACCAAGCAAACAGAUUGUUCUUCUUCCCCAGAAAAAAGGAGGAGGAGAGAAGAUGAUACAGGAGGUAGUAGUCAUACCGAUGAGCCAAUUAUAAGGAGCAGACGUAGGUGGACCAAGGAGGAGGAAGACGCACUUUUAGGUAUUCUAGAGGAUCUAGUUGCAAAGGGUCAUCGUUACGAAAAAGGUACUUUCAGAUCUGGUACGUCAGCUCUAAUAGAAGAUGCCUUGUCCAAAUUAUGUCCAAACUCAGGACUGAAAGUUAGGCCGCAUGUUGAGUCAAAGAUUAAAAAGUGGAAACAGGAAUGCAGUAUUGUAUGUGACAUGCUCAACACAGAGGGCUUUAGUUGGAACAAUGAGAUGAAAUGUGUGGAGGUUGACACUGAAACAUGGAAAAGAUAUGUUAAGCAUCAUAAGGGGGCAGAUAAGUGGAGGGGAAAAUCUUUUCCACUUUUUGAUAGACUUAUUUAUAUAUUUCAAAUGGGCCACCUUAUUGGGAAAACAAACCCAAUACCAGCUUAUAUGGUUGAGAAGAUGAACUGCAUUGAGUUUAACACAACAAGCUUUGGGACUUCAAAAGAUGCUUGUUCGAAGGCUGUUGAACAAGUCUCAACAACCAAGGACACAGAUCAAUCUCAUACACUACCAAGUAAGAGAAGAGAAGAUUGUAUGGGAGGUACUCAUCCUAUCAAGGAGACAAAGAGAAAAGGGAGAAGGCGUAAAUGGACCGGGGAGGAGGAGGAUAAACUUUUAGGCAUCUUAGAGGAUCUAGUUGCAAAAGGUCAUCAUUUCCAUAAUAGAACUUUCACAUGUCGAACAUUGACACUAAUAGAAAAUGCUCUGUGCAAUUUGUGUCCAGUAUCAGGACUGAAAGCUUAUCCACACAUUGAGUCAAAACUUAAAAAGCUGAAGAAGGGAUUCAGAACAGUGUGUGACAUACUCAACAGUGGGUUUGGGUGGAAUGAUAGAACCAAUUGUGUGGUGGUUGAAUGUGAAGAAUCAUGGAAAGGCUUUGUUCAGCAUCAUAAGGAGGCAAGGAAGUGGAGAUAUAAACAUUUUCCACUUUAUGAUAGACUUGCCCAUAUAUUUGGAGCUGACAACACAAAUGUAAAAGCAUCUCAAGCUCAAAAUGAAGCAUCGGAGAGGAUUAACAAUGAUGAGGUUGAGUCAAGUGACCUGGGAAUAGAGGAAGAUACUAACUCAAGGUCUGUUGACCGAAUCUCAACAAACAAAGAAGCCAAUUGUACCCGUUCCCCCCGAAGAAAUAGCAGAAGAAAAGAUGAUGAUUUAGAUGCUUCGUUUAACAAUGCUGCUGCGUCACUUAUGGGAAUGAUGCAAACUUCAAAGAAGCAAAUGCAAGUGCUAAUCGAAAAUCUGCAGUCGAAAGAUAACAAUGAGCCCCUGCAACCAAAAGAUGUCAACGAGUCUCCGCAAUCCAAAGAUCAGAAUGGAGCCCAGCAAUCCAAAGAUAUCAGAGCAGGUCAGUUACGGUCUGAGCUUAUAAAGUUGGGGCUUUCUAUUACUGUUCGGGUGAAAGCCUUAAGACUACUUAUGGCUAAUUCUUGGAAUGCUGAUUUUUUUCUUACUUUGGAUGAUGAAGAGAAGUUAGAGUUUGUGAAGCAACUCAUUGAUGAAUCAUCUAUGGUGUGAUGGUGUAUAUUGUAGUUUAUACUUGGACUAGUAAAUCUGCUAAAUAAUUUUCACUCAUCUUAGAGUAAUGUUCU